CGACGCUCGCCGGUUCGGUUCGAUACGAUCCGAUCCGAUUUAUAUAACUAUACUAUAUAGCCCCGUGCGAAAUACGAUUCGCGGUGUUUUUGGCCUGUUUUUUUUUCGCGCUCUGCCAACGUUUCGCGUGUUUUUUAUCGUCGCCACUGCCCUUUUCUAUCCCGGUUUUCAACUGAAAUUUGUACGUUCAAAAAUCAACGAAAAAGUUCAACUUAAGGAACGGGCAGCGAAACAGCAAACAAAAUGUCGGAGCCGGCGUCAGUUUGUCACAAGUGCAAUGAGGUCAUCGAGCAGCGCAUCAUCACGGCGCUUGGCAAGACUUGGCAUCCGGAGCACUUUGCCUGCAAGGACUGUCACAGUCCCAUCUCAGAGGCCACCUUCAACAUCCAGGCUGAUGAGCCCGUCUGCUCUGACUGCUUCGUGAAGAACUACUCGGGCACCUGCUUUGGCUGCCAGCAGCCCAUCCUGGAGCGCACCAUUAAGGCCAUGGAGAAGUCGUGGCACGAGGACUGCUUCGUGUGCAACGGACCAUGCAAGAAGCCCCUAGUAGGCACUUCCUUCUACGAAAGGGAUGGACAUCCCUACUGCCGCGUGGACUUCGAGCAGCUGUUUGCCGCCCGCUGUGCCGGAUGUGGUCAGCCGAUCACGGAGAACGCGAUCGUGGCCCUCAAUGCCAAGUGGCAUCGCGACUGCUUUCAGUGCAAGAAGUGCGGCACUCCUAUCACGGCCAGUUCGUUUGCCGUGGAGGAUAACAAGCCCUUGUGCACGGCUUGCUCCGGCUAAAAGAUCCGGACACGCACCCGUACCAUUCACUUCAAUAUCUAUGUAUAUUAUCUAUUCUUAUGGUAUUUGUAGUAAUCCAAUUUGUUAAACCAAUCCCCGCAAGAAAGCAAAGCAAGGUCGUGAAUAUGGAAAUGGAAAUGAAAAUUCCGAGGAGGCGAAAAAUUAAUAGUUGAUGGACAGGAACACGAGAAGUGCAUUCGAUGGGUGGGUGGUGCGAUGUGCGAUGGGUGGCGGGGGAGGUGGGUUUUGUUAAUGCUUAAAAUAAUUAUAAUUCUCCUUAGUUGAUAUACGCCGUCUGUCCUUCUCUAUCUCACUCUCACUCACAAGACCUCGCCCACUCCCCACGCCCCAAAAGAAAAGUCUACCCACUGUGAAGUUCUCUUGAUCGUUUUCGAACAGCACACAGUAUCUGAUAAAAUGGUAUAUAAAUCAAAAUUAAUCUUGAAUCAUUGUUGAUAUCUCUUACAAAUAAACAAAAAGCAAAUUA